GGCACCAUGAGUCAACCCGAGGGCAAGAAGCGCACCUUCCGCAAGUACUCGUACCGAGGCAUCGACCUCGACAAGCUGCUCGACCUCUCCGAGGAGCAGUUUGCGGAGAUGGUCACUUGCCGCGUGCGCCGCAAAUUCAAGCGCGGUCUCAAGCGCCAGCACACCGCUCUUCUCAAGAAGCUGCGUGCCGCCAAGAAGAAAGCCGGCCCUGCUGAGAAGCCCGAUGUUGUCAAGACCCACCUUCGCAACAUGGUCAUUGUCCCCGAGAUGAUCGGCUCCAUGGUUGGUGUGUACAACGGCAAGACCUUCAACCAAGUUGAGAUCAAGGCUGAGAUGACUGGCCACUACCUGGGUGAGUUCUCCAUCACUUACAAGCCCGUCAAGCACGGUCGCCCCGGUAUUGGUGCCACCAACUCCUCGCGCUUCAUUCCCCUGAAGUAAAUAAAUCGAGGUGUUGAUAUUCUG